UGCCGAAACGGGCCUUCAUUUAUAUGGGCGUGGUUUUGGAUGGAGAUGCUCCGUCUGCUCCCGCUGGGGAACCCACCUGCCCUCACACCGCGCCUCACACCGCGCCUGCGCCUCAAAUCACCAUAGCGUGCGAUUGUGUUUCUAUUUGUUAUCACAUUGGGUUAAGAUUUUUGUUUAUUUUAUUUUUUUAGUUUGGGGAGUGGUUUGUGCUUGAAGUGCUGCGCUGUGAGGGUGCGGGGCGCACGGAUUAAUCAUAUCCACAGCAGCGGCGGUGGCGCACGACGCACGGCGGAGAUAAACAAGAGCGGCAGCAGAGCGUCGCUUGGCCUAAACGAGCAGCCGGAGCAACAUCACCUCCACCACCAGCAGCAGCAGCAGAACCACUAACAGCACCAGCGGCAGCACCAGAACCACUAACAGCACCACCAGCAGCACCAGAACCACCACCGGCAGCACCAGCAGCAGCGGGAAAGGAACCAGAGCCUGGUUCAUGCGCAGGACUGCCGUGGCCGCAGCGGUUCCCCAGGAUGGAGAAAUCACGCAGGAUGCAACGCAGAGGAUCGACCUGGUUCAUCGUGAGCUUUUCACUCGUGCUGGCGUGUGUUGUGCUCGUGGUGGACAGCAGGAAAGCCAAGCAGCCGCGCUGUCCCUCCGCAUGUACGUGUACCAAAGAUAACGCGCUGUGCGAGAGCGCAGGAUUGAUCCCACGCAGCUUCCCAUUCGAUGUCAUAUCACUAUCAUUCGUCAAGUCUGAAUUCACUGAAAUCCCAAAGGAGAGCUUCAUCCACACGCCUGCUCUGCAUCUCCUACUCUUCACAGCCAACAACCUGGAAUCUAUAAACGAGGAUGCUUUCCUUGGUCUUCCCCAUCUGGAGUAUCUGUUCAUCGAAAACAACCAAAUCAAGUCCAUAUCACCCAAUGCUUUCCGUGGCCUGAAAACCUUAGUGCACCUGAGUCUGGCCUACAACAACCUGGAGACUCUUCCCAAAGAUUUGUUCUCUGGUCUUGAAGCCUUAACUAAAGUAGACCUGCGGGGAAACCAGUUCACCUGCGACUGUAAGCUCAAAUGGUUGGUGGAGUGGAUCGCCAGCACCAACGCCACAGUGGAUCAGAUUUACUGCAAAGGCCCGGCCUCACAGCUGGACAAGAAGAUCAACGACCUGGUGCCACAGUCAUUCGACUGCAUCACCACAGAGUUUGCUUCCUACCAGUCGCUGAAGUUUGAGUCCAUAUCUGUGGAGGCGUUCUCCUUUGGGAAUGACCAGUAUGUGGUGUUUGCUCAGCCCUUCAUUGGGAAAUGCAGUUUUCUGGAGUGGGAUCACGUGGAGAUGGUCUUCAGAAACUUUGAUGACAUUGACAGCACAUCCACGGUGAUUUGCAAACCUCUGGUCAUUGACAAUCAGCUCUUCAUAAUUGUGGCUCAGCUGUUCGGCGGCUCGCACAUCUAUAAGCGUGACACCUCUGCAAACAAAUUCAUCAAGCUCCAGGGCAUCGACAUCCUCAAAAUCCGCAAACCGAACGACGUCGAGACCUUCCUCAUCGAUGGAGAAUCGUUCUUUGUCAUAGCAGACAGCUCUAAGGCCGGUUCCACCACCAUCUACAAGUGGAAUGGUAACGGCUUCUACUCUCACCAGUCGCUCCACGAGUGGUACCGGGACACCGACGUGGAGUACAUGGAGAUUUCGUCCAAGCCUCACCUGAUCCUGUCCAGCAGCUCCCAGAGGCCAGUCAUCUACCAGUGGAACAAAGGCAACAAGCAGUUUGACAUACGCACAGACAUCCCAGAGAUGGAGGACGUCUACGCUGUGAAGCAUUUCCUCGUGAAGUCCGACCUCUUCAUCUGCCUGACGCGCUUCAUCGGUGACUCCAAAGUGAUGCGCUGGGAUGGGGCCCUCUUUAGGGAACUGCAGACCAUGCCGUCUCGUGGAUCCAUGGUGUUCCAGCCGUUCACGGUGAGCAGCUGGCAGUACGCCAUCCUGGGCAGCGAUUACUCUUUCACCCAGGUUUACCGCUGGGACGAUAAGAAGGGCAUGUUUGUCCAUUUCCAGGAGCUGAACAUCCAGGCACCGAGAGCUUUCUCUCCAGUCUCCAUAGACAACAGGCAGUUCCUGCUGGCCUCCAGUUUCAAAGGGAAAACUCAGAUCUACGAGCACCUGGUCAUUGAUCUGAGCAAUGAGUGACUGUUCUGAUUUAUUGGUAGGUUAUCGGUAUCUUUAGUGGGGUUUUUUGUGUUAAAAAAAAAAAAGACUGUUGCAGCAGCCGCAGUGCUGACCAACACUCAUACAGUAAUUAUCACUUGAUCCUAACUUGAGAAAGGCAGGCAUUACUCUCAUAUGUUUUUGAAAUCUUCCAUUGAAAUCAGUGCAUGGUAAAUGUAAAAAACACAAACAUGUAUCUCAACCUAGUGUGUUUGGCUGAGAUGCCUGUUGAGUUCAACGCAUGGAUCUCAAGUUAGGAUUAUAACCAAGACAUUGUCAAGACUGGGAAUGGGACGAUAUUGACAGUAUUAUAGAGAUCAACUAUAAUUGUAAAAAUAUGCUUUAAACUUUUGAAAUGUCUCCAACACAUAAUUUUACCUUACAAUUUAGUAAGAAACAAAUCAUUGCAGACAGAUUUCUUUUGUGAAAAAGGUCCAGUGUGUAAGAUUUAGUGACACCUAGUGGUGACUGCAAUGUGCAACUCACCCCCGCCUUUCUGCCAUUAACUAUAGCCUAACUAACCUAAAUAACUAUGUUUCCAGUUUGGUACAGUACAGUACAGUUUAGAUUGGAAGUGUAAAGCCCUCGGUCAGGCUUGCGUUUUCACUGAGAACGGUACCUUUACUUGGGUUAAGGUUAGACAGGGUGUGUGUUGUGUCUGAUGGCAGCACCACAAAAAAAAGUAGCAUGACAACGAACGACGGCAUUGACAACAGACAACACCAGUCGCAAGGGAGUGACGUUUUGACGCCUUUCCCUGGUGCCCCAAAAGAAAGGUGCCACAAAUGUAACAGUUAGGGCUGGUUAUUUUGGGACUAUUCUACUCUUCUUACCCAAAUAAAUAUGUACCAUGUCGCACCAAACCAAACCGUUCCACUCACGGAUCGUCCCUUACAACGUCCAAUAAAAUAAAAGCAAAGUCCCUUAACUUCCAGUUAGUUGUCACAAGAGGGAACUAGGACUGUAAGGUAAUCUUCUGAUAUCGAUCGAAAGCUUUACAUCACCUUUGAGUAGUUGUUUUAGCCAUGAGGGUCUUAACAUGGACGAAAAAUGAAAAAGGCAUUACCAGAAAUAUGGGCUGGCUUAUUUAAAACCGGGGAAUCAGGGAACUACGGUGGCCUUUGCAUACUAGAAAGGUUCACAGCACAACUCUCUCCUCUCUCCCACUCUCUCUGCAGGUUUUCGUUAGUUUGAACAUCAGUGGGCAGAGUUCUUUUUCUUCAUAAGCACAGUAAACUCCUGUUUUAAUGUGUGGAACCCAUGGAUGCCACAAGAUGGUGGCUUCUGUAAAGCACGACCUUUACCUUUCUAUGACCUUUAAGUACGUAGAAAAUAUUAUUGAAGUGAUUAUACAACUAUAAAAAUAUACGUAUUAUUAUUAGUAUAUUCAAUUUCCGCCAUUAGAUCCUCCUAAAUCUUACACACUGGACCUUUACACAGGUUAACACUACCUGUUUCUGUCUGAGCUCCACAAAAUAUUGACCGAAGCCGACCGGAACCCAACAGGAGUCUUUUUUUUUUUGUCUGAGCCCGACCUGAACCCGACACAGAGUAACCUUUAGUGUACUCUGACUGUCACGGUGGAUACUAGCCUUUAGUUAUUGUUACAGCAAAUGACAAAUUUAUCAUUACAUCCAGGCAGUGGCACACGCACAAACACAUGCACAAAUCCAAACAUGAGUCAUCAUCAGCACGUAUCAUUGAGUAGUUGUGGAGGAAAAGAAUAUCUAACCAUAUUGUCAUUAAUAAUAAAUGCCAUCUCUAAACAGAAACACUAGGUGAAUCACUAUUGUAACUUAUUUUUACGCAUUACACACCUAUUUAUUACAUGUUUAUACUUUAUUUUUAAUAAAGCAAUUUUAAAAAGAUAAAUUUGCCAUAUUUCACUAUAAAAACUUUAAAAUACCAUAUCUACUGGCGUGACCAAGCCUAACAACAAUUUCUGGAUUUGUACCCAAAUCCUGUGCAUGUAACAGGGUUACCACAUGUCCUUGAAAUCCACUUGAAAGUUUCUGAAAAUUGCCCUAAAUAGACAUAGGUCAUUGAAAGUGUUUGAAAGAAAGAAGUGAAGUUGGAUUUCGGUAAACAGCUCCCGUGUUUGUUACAAUGCCACCUACUGUUUCAUGCCCUGCAUCGCUUCAUGUACAUAGAACACCAGAAAUCUCUGGCUCAAAAAAAUGACAAAGACUGGUUUAUCCAAGAUGCAGAGCACGCUGCAAAUCAAUCAAAGUGGACACCAUGGAUGAAGCGGCUCUAACAAGUUGCCCUCCCAUAUUAGGCUGUGACAGCACAUUCGUUUUAGACUAUGAGUGAAAUGGUCCAGGAAAGUCCUUGAAAAUGCCUUGGCUCACAGUCAACACUACAGUCUUGUUUAAAGUACCUUAAAGGGAUACUUGAGUAAAAGUACUUAGCAGAAAAUGACUUUGGUAGAAAUUGAAGUCACUUUUUUU